UGGAUAAACCGUCUCAGACUGAUAAAUCGUCUCCUAAUUCAAAUUCGGCGUCGGAUAAUUCGUCUCUAGUAUAAACUCGGCCAAUGAUUUAUCUCGAAUUGUCUUUUUCUUAGUACUGAUUUAGGCGAAGAAAUGGAGCUUCAGCCUAUAACACCAACAACCCUUGCCAGGAGUCGUGAGGACGAGGAAUGUCGCCAACUUGAUCGGCCAGUCGACGACGAGCCGAGAGAGAUUAAGCUGUCUGUAGCCCGACCACGUGAUAUGCCACGAGAGGUAAUGCAACGUGUUCGCCCGCCGAGCAUUUCGGGUAAUUCAGACCAUCCGCCGAUUAUCUCUCCAGAAGAAGUCUCUCUGGAUCCUUGUACGGUUGGCAAAGAGACCCCUUUGGAAGAGGGGAGCUUUCCUCUCGCGUUUGAUCCGGAGGAUGAACAUCCAGGAAUUGAUACGGCAAACGAAGAAUCUAAAGCUGUAGGUGAGAGAAGAGGAAGUAUGAACGUAGCUCAUUGUUUAGUAUUCUUAUUGUCGAGUGGUGAUAUUUGUGUGUUAUUAGUAUGA